GUGUAUCAACAUGAUUUCAACUUUGUUAUUUCCCUUUUAUUAUUUGUGGUUGAAGUUGGAUUCUAUUUGGUGUCUUUGGAAAUAUAUAUGAAUCUCUGUUUCUGCCUCUUUCACAAUGUUUAAGAGUAUUUCAAGUGGGCAUGCAGAGAAAAGCUGUACAGAUUCAUCAUCCAUGGAAAGAAAAACCUCAACAGCUUUUAUUUGUACUUUCUAUGUUGCUUUUAUCUUCGGCUUUGUUUCUUUAUCAACAGCUCAGAAUCAAACCCAACCCAUUACAGAUCCCUCUGAAGCUAGAGCUCUGAAUUCCAUGUUUGCAAAAUGGAAUAUAAAGGCAAAGACAGGGCAAUGGAAUAUAAGUGGGGAGCUAUGCAGUGGAGCAGCCACAGACCUGACGCUUAUCACAGACCGUGAUCACAACCCCUUCAUCAAAUGUGACUGUUCUUACAAUGAUAGCACCCUUUGCCACAUUAAACAACUGAAAGUUUAUGAACUGAAUGUUGCUGGUCCAAUUCCUGAUGAGCUAUGGACUCUGACAUACCUCGAUGAUCUGAAUUUGAACAGAAAUUAUCUGUCAGGUUCUCUGUCUCCGUCCAUUGGAAAUUUAACUCGUUUGCAGUAUCUAACCUUUGGCAUCAAUAAAUUAUCAGGGGAAGUACCAAAGGAAGUAGGAAAUCUUACUGACCUAUUAUCCUUCUCCAUUGCUGGAAACAACUUCUCUGGUCCUCUGCCAUCUGAGAUAGGGAAUUUAGUGAACUUACAACAACUUUACAUUCAUAGUUCUGGAGUUAGCGGUGAGAUUCCUCCAACGUUAGUCAACCUAAAAAACUUGGUCACAUUCUAUGCCUCAAACACUGGACUCUCAGGAAGAAUACCUGAUUUCAUAGGAAAUUUGUCAAAGCUUAAUACCUUGAGAUUUGAAGGCUGUUCUCUUGAAGGUCCUAUACCAUCAUCCUUGUCCAACCUGACUUCUCUUUUAGAGUUACGUAUAAAUGAUUUAUCCAACAGGAGCUCUUCUCUUGAAUUUGUUAAGAAUUUGAAGAAUCUAAGUGUCUUAGUACUGAGGAAUAGUAAUAUUUCUGGUUCUAUUCCAUCGGACAUUGGUCGAUUCCCAAAGUUGACGCAGCUGGAUUUGAGCUUCAACAAUUUAAGAGGCCAUAUUCCAGACUCUCUUUUUAACAUGAGUUCGCUCUCAUUUCUGUUUCUUGGAAGCAAUCAGUUAACUGGUAGCCUGCCCGAAAUAAAAAGCUCAACACUUCUUAAUAUAGAUGUGUCAUACAAUUAUUUAGAAGGGAGCUUUCCCUCUUGGAUUAAAGAACCAAAUUUACAGCUUAAUUUAGUGGCCAACAACUUCACAAUAGAUGGUUCAAACAGCAGUCCUUUGCCUUCAGGAUUAGAGUGCCUUCAACGGAACUUCCCAUGCAAUCGAGGACGUGGGCUCUAUUAUGACUUUGCAAUUAAGUGUGCCGGUCCUCAAUUUACAUCUUCCAAUGGUAUUGUGUAUGAAAUGGACAAUGCAACUCUUGGUCCAGCUACAUAUUUUGUCAGCAGCACAAAGAGAUGGGCAGUCAGCAAUGUUGGUUUAUUCACUUCGAACAACAAUCCGCAAUAUAAAAGUUCUUCAUCAUAUCAGUUCACAAACACCUUGGAUUCAGAACUAUAUCAGACAGCAAGAAUCUCUCCUUCAUCAUUACGAUACUAUGGUCUGGGGCUUGAAAAUGGAAACUAUACCGUGAACCUCAUGUUUUCAGAAACAGCUUUUGAGGAUUCUCAAACUUGGAAAAGUCUCGGGAAGCGUGAAUUUGAUGUUUAUAUCCAGGGGAAAAGAGUUUUAGAGAAUUUCAACAUACGAGAGGAGGCAGAGGGAGUUGCUUCUCAAGCUGUCCAACGGGGUUUUAAAGCAUUGGUAUCGGAAAACUACCUUGAAAUCCAUCUUUUCUGGGCUGGAAAAGGGACUUGCUGUAUACCUGCACAAGGCACUUAUGGACCUUCUAUAUCUGCCAUCAGUGCCACUCCAGAUUUUGUACCUACAGUCAGCAACAAACCUCCAAGCAAUGAGAACAGAACUGGUCUAAUAGUGGGCAUUGUUGUUCCUGUUGGAGUUUUAAGCUUUCUAUCUCUUUUGGUGGUUUUCUAUAUUGUCACUAAAAGAAGAAAGAAAUCUCAAACAGAUGACGAGGAAGAGCUCUUUGGGAUAGAUGUUAAACCAUUCACUUUCAGUUACGAAGAGCUAAAGACAGCUACAGAUGACUUUAAUUCUACUAAUAAGUUGGGAGAAGGAGGAUUUGGACCAGUCUACAAGGGAACACUUGAUGAUGGAAGAGUUAUUGCAGCAAAGCAACUUUCUGUGACAUCUCACCAAGGAAAAAACCAAUUUGUGACAGAAAUUGCAACAAUUUCUUCUGUGCAACACAGAAACUUGGUGAAAUUGUAUGGGUGCUGCAUUGAGGGAAACAAACGACUACUUGUGUACGAGUAUCUGGAAAACAAAAGUCUUGAUCAAGCAUUAUUUGGAAGUAGAAGCUUGGGACUGAGUUGGUCGACACGUUAUGACAUUUGCAUGGGUGUAGCAAGAGGUCUAGCUUAUCUUCAUCAGGAGUCACGGCUUCGAAUAGUACACAGAGAUGUAAAGGCCAGUAACAUUCUGCUCGACUCUGAUCUCAACCCCAAAAUAUCAGAUUUUGGUUUGGCCAGGCUUUACGAUGAUAAAAAGACCCACAUAAGCACCCGUGUUGCUGGAACAAUUGGGUAUCUUGCUCCGGAAUAUGCGAUGCGUGGGCACCUUACAGAGAAAACUGAUGUGUUUGCCUUUGGAGUAGUGGCUUUGGAGAUUGUUAGCGGUAGGGCAAAUUCUGAUUCAAGCUUGGAAGCAGAUAAGAUGUAUCUUCUUGAAUGGGCUUGGAACUUAUAUGAAGAAAACCGAGAAAACGAAUUGGUGGAUUCAUCGUUAUCAACAUUCAACAAAGAAGAAGUAAAACGAAUCAUAGGAGUAGCUCUUUGGUGCACUCAAACAUCACCAUCCUUUAGGCCAUCAAUGUCCAGGGUGGUGGCAAUCCUUUCAGGAGAUGCAGAAGUGAGCACGGAACUUACAAGACCAGGAUACUUGACCGACUGGAAGUUCGAAGACUUGAGCAGCCAAAUGAGUGACAAUGCAACCAAAGGAAGUAAUACUAGCUACAACAAUUCAUCUGCAAGCACAAGCAUGGUGGGAGAUGCAGAGCAAUCUCCUGUCUAUGGAAGUACAAUGCCUAGGCUUGACAGCUUCAUUGAGGAGGGUAGAUGAAAAUUUGUUAGGAUGGUUGGCUUUUGUACAUAUGAUAUAUGAGUUGAAUGUACACACUUUUUGUACAUAUGAUAUAUGAGUUGAUUGUACACACUUUUUGAUUCCUGGAAUCCAAUUAUAGAUUGUUUUUGUUCCUUCCUAUAAAAUCUUAUAGACUUCAUAUCAUAUGGGUUUUUAUUUUGUUUAUGUAAAACUAUCAUAUGUUUUUUUUUUUUUUUUU